AUGCGUAUUGUGUUUAUUGGUGGUCCGCUCUCCGGCCGCGUCCCUGUGGAUGUUCCCGCCGACACGCCCUUCGCCCAAAUUCUCGCGGCCGUUGAGGCGACCGGCACGUCCCUCGCGGCUUUUCGUCCGCACGCGGCGGAAGUCGACGGCAAACGUGUGCGGCCAACAGCGCGAGUGUUCGGCCCGGCGGAGACCCCCGCGUCUGUGGGACUUCCGGCCAACGGCGCCGUCGUCGUUCUUCGCCCACACACCGUAGAGAAUAAUAAGAAUGCAGGGAAUAAUAACGCCCUGCAGGUGGAGAGAAAAGAAGAAAAUAAGAAGAAGGAAGAGAAGGAAGAGGAAAUGCCUCAAUCACCUCUCGGGUCUCCAACAACAAUGGAUAAUACAUCCGAGAGAACAUCUGUGAAGGAUUACCGGAGUCGACUAGUGGCUAUAUACGAAAAGUAUGAACCUGCUAAAGUGAGAACAGUGGAGGCUACAUUACAAAAAUUUAAAGGAAAAGAAGAAGCUGUUAUUCGACAGUUAGUAAAAAAAUAUGGUCCUGAACCUGAAAGUACAACAGAUAACCCAUCCAUGUCCGUAACAACUGAUAUAAUCCCAGAGGAAAGAGUUCAAGAGACAGUAACAUCACCUCGUGGAGUCAAUGCAAAUGCAAGUUAUAAUGAACGUUUAGUAGCCAUCUAUCAAAAGUAUGAACCUGCAAAGGUGAACACAGUGGAGGCCACUCUACGAAAGUUUCAAGGCAAAGAAGAGGCUGUUAUUCGACAAUUGGUAAAAAAGUAUGGUCCUGAACCACCUGUUUUAAAUAAAGAAACACCACCUCAAUCUGGUAAUAUCUCAAACUCCCGUGAAGUUUCUUCUCCUGUUGGGUCUACAACAACAAUGGAUAAUACAUCCGAGAGAACAUCUGUGAAGGAUUACCGGAGUCGAUUAAUGGCUAUAUACGAAAAGUAUGAACCUGCUAAAGUGAGAACAGUGGAUGCUACUUUACAAAAAUUUAAGGGAAAAGAAGAAGCUGUUAUUCGACAGUUAGUAAAAAAAUAUGGUCCUGAACCUGAUAUGACAAAAGAAGAAUAUACGCAGCCUUCUGAUCGUGAGAUUGAUGUUUUUACUCCUCUCUCUGCUGUAUCAAAGUCUCCGGAGAAUAAUGAGAUCAUUGGAAAGGUAGAAUCUCCAACAUCAGGGAAUAAUGUUGAUGAAUAUAAAAACGUGUUAAAAGAUAAAUCAGAAAUGAUAUCCAAAACAGAAAACAGGUUUGAUUCUAAUAAUAUGAAUGACGUAACCCAAGUCAAUACUACUAUUGGCUCUUCAGAAAUAGAUUCUAAAACCACUACAAAUACUAUUGGUAGUAAUAAUGGUAUACCUGUUAAUAUUGUUUCUGAGACAAGUGGUAAACUUCAAAUGGAAUCAUAUGGAUUUCAGCAACUUAUUUCACCUUUUACUCAUGAACCACUUGUAGAACCCUUAUCUGAAACAGAUGAACCUUCUUUCUCUGAAAAAGAAGUAGUGGAAACGACGUAUUCAAAUAAAGACAAAGAAGGAGGUAUUCGAAAACAUUUUUCACUUGAAAUAGCUAAUGCUAUUUUAAAAAAUGAUGGAUUUGAUCCUGGAAAACGUCUUCUUCGUGAUCUUAAUGGUCCUCUUUCUGCAAGACAACACUCCGUAAUUACCGCAUUAAAUAAUGAGCGAAGAAAUAUCUUGACAAGUUCUCGUUUGCAACAAGUGAUAAAUCGAGCAGUAGGAUCAUUUUCGGAUGCUGCAGAAAAUUUAAUUCGAAGAAGAUACUGGAUUAAAUGGGAAUUUAAAGUUGUUCAACACAUAGUAAAUGGUUUAAUUGAAGGUAAUAUUUGGACAAAAAUGCGUGAUGGUGUUAAACUUGUAGAUAAUGUUCCUCAUGAUUUUGUAGUACGAAAUUUUGAUGAAUAUAUUCUUAAAAAUCGCAUUCGUGCAAAAAGUGAAACUAUAGCCUUCUCUGAUGAUCUACAGAAGGCACUACGUCUCUUACUUUAUACGGCUAAGCAACAAUCCACAUAUUUAUUAAGUGAAGGAGGUGAAUCUCUGGUAUUUACGGAUGCUGAACUCUCUCCUGUUCGGGACUCUAAAAAUCUUACCAAAUCUUUAUUUACAAUAUCCCAUAUACUUAAUAAUAUGGCUACCUCAAGAGCACAAAUGGAAUCUCAAAAACGAGCAUAUGCUAAAUUACAGGAUGAAAAUGAAACUCUUCGUGUACAACUUAAAGAAAAAGAUGCGCUUUUAAAUCGUUUUUCUCUUUCACAAGUGGAUUUUGAAAAAUCUCGUGAUCGUCUAAUUCAACUAGAAGAACAAUUAGUUGGGACACAAAAAGAAUUGGUAAAUGCAAAGUAUCAAAUUCAACAUCUUCAACGAGAACUUAAGAGUGAACGUGGUAAAUCAGCCAUAAAACCUGAUCCUAUUGCUCAACAGAAAGAUCAAGCGUUAGUAUCAUUACAGCAGGAACUUUCCAAUGUUCGAUCUAAAUUAUAUCGUGAACAAAAAGAAAGAGAAUCAUUAGAAGUACAACUUAAGGAAGCAAAACUUGAAAUAACACGGGGUAUGGAUAAAAUGCAAAAGUCUUUAACACAUGGGGUUCCUUCUCCCAGUGCUCUUGCUGCUGGAGGAACUACUACUACUACUACUACUACUACUACUAAUAAUAAUAAUAAUAAUAAUAAUAAUAAUAAUAAUAAUCGUGAGAAAUCAAGUAGGACAAUGACAUCAUUACAUAAUUUACCCAAAGGUUCUUUUUCCCCAGCCAUAAGAGGAUCACUGGUGAUUGGGAAAUUUUCUGAAGAAGAUUUUUAUCCCGAUAAGGAUGAGAUGAAAGAUGAUGCAAAGCAUUCUUUACAGGGAAAGACGAAUAUAGAUCUUGUACGAGAUAAUCUUCGACUUGAAGCGGAACUGAAAAAUUUUCAUACAAAUGCUUCUCUAACUGCAGAAAAUGUAUUUGGUAGUUGUCCACAUUGUUUAGUGCAGCUCGCUUCUUGCAGUGGGGCACUAACAGGUCCACCAGAUGAAAAGGCGGCUUUCUGUUUCAGUUGUAGACGAUUCUACACUUUUGGGGAACUCGAGGACCGACGAAAACAGGGAACAGAUAAACUGGUAAAGAAUAACAGGGGAUCAUCCGUGAAGAAAGGUCUCCUUACUUAG